AGUCGCUACCCUCGUCUCGUCUCUCUAGUACUGAACCGUACUGUACUCUCUCUCUAAACCACCUCUUACCACCACAACCACCUACUCCCACCACCACAACCCCCCCCCCCGCUUCCGCUCGUUACCUACCACCCUCUCUCUCUCCCUGUCUCUCCCUCUCCUCCUCCGACAGAUCUCUUUCUGUGACCUCUCUUUCUCCUCUUUCUCUGUCUUUCUCCUCCUCUUCUACUCAGAACUCUACAACUUCCUCCACCAUACUGUUCCUCUCACCUACAGUAACCUCCCACUCUCUCUCCCCCUCCCUCCAUCUCUCAGCCAACUACCCCUCACGAAACUCUCCCACUGCCUCAAGAGACACUCUCCUCUGAACGAUCCACCCUCGAGGACCCCGUACAGUACACUGCCCCCGCUCCGAGUGAAACCUCCCUCGCCGGGCACUCAAUACUUUAUUCAAGACAUCUCUCACUCCGCCAAUCCUACCCUCACCGACAAUUCCCACAACACCGAGUCGACUGUCACCACCAACCUUCCCUCAUGAGGUAGCAGACGAGUCGACCAUAAACCCCGGCACGCACAAUACGACGCUGCCUCGAAAGGCCAACCCUCAAAGACACGAGAACAAACACCUUCCAUACCCUUCCUCCACCGAGAAGGUGACUGUCGUCAUUGGGAAACGCACACCUCGACACCCUUCGUGCAAGCGGAGAGAGGUCAGUCCAUGGCCGAGGCAAUGAACCCCAACUUCAUGGAAUACCAGAUGGACAUUGACGACCCAACAAUUACUUCCUCGCAGGCCAUGGCUCAACCAACAUGUCCCUAUCGGCCCACUGCAGACACACCGAAUGCCCUGGCAGCCUUCCAGUCCAGCUGGGGAUAUAACCCUCACCCAAACACACCUUCGUUCGGCCCUUCUUCCCACCCUGGAGGGGUACACUGGCCAGGCAUGCCAUCUCACAAUUCACCACAGCCCGACUCGAGUGCCGGUGGACCUAGUCGCCAGCUUCCAUACUCAGGUCAUCCUGGAAGUGCUACUCGCUAUAGCCUUACUCCGUUCAACCGCACCCCAGACUUUGCUGGCAACCAGCAGCAGUUCCUGCGCCCCGAAGAGAAUAGGCACCCUAUACCUCGAGCACCCAACAUGGAUCGGUUCCACAAUGCGAACGAAAACAGGCAAGGAGAGAGUCAAAAUGCAGGACCUGUGCCGUCUGUAGCUACGGGAGUUCCAAACUACAGCUCUCCAGUAGAUGAAGCGACGCAGAGGAGGAGUGAGUUGAUACAGGCCCAGAUGGCGAGAGCCCAACAAGAAGCUCAGUCGAACAGGAAUACACGCCAGCCUCCCACCCUGACUGUCCAAUCUACGUUCUUCCCUACACAUUUACCGCAGCCUAAUUUCACGGGCAGCAGGAGUCCAUCUCACUUCCAGGGAGUCCAGGGAACCCGGGUCGAGACAUUCCAGUAUACUUCUCGAAACGUGUCGGGUCCUCCUCCCGCACAACCGCCCCGUCAAUUGACGCACCUUGAACACGAGCAGCGCCGUGCUUGGAUACACGAGGCGAACCUCAUAUCUGAUUAUGGUGAUGAAUCGGACGAUGAUAGUCUUGAUAGCUUCGAUCGGCGAGAUUUGGGUGCCCGUCCCCGACCUACACCGGGUGCUGCUCAUGGCCAGCACCGACCUGCAAUGAGUUCUGCUGAAGGUGACGAGCGCGAGCUUGCUAUGGAGCGUAACCGGGCAGCCCGGAGAGCAGCUAUAGCAGCUGCAAAGUUGGUUGCAUCUCCAGCCGCUCUGGCAUCACUGGAACCUGUUGAGCUGUCCAGCUUGACGGGAGACGACCGAAACUGCAUAAUCUGCUACAACGAAUUCGGCAUCAAGAACCCGGACGGGAACAUCGAAUGUGCAGUCCGACUCCCCAAGUGCAAACACAUCUUCGGCGACCACUGCCUAAAGCACUGGCUCAAAGACUCGGACAGCUGCCCAUACUGCCGCGACAAGCUUCCCUCGGAACCUAAAAGGAGCCCUGCAGAAGAGAUGCGUCGUCUCUUCGUCCUCAACCGCCCGGCAACCUCCAGCGCCCAACAGCACAACGGCCCCAUGACAGCCGAAGAGCGCGCCGCCGCCUUCGCAGCCAUGGAAGCCCGUCAUCUGGGACAGGCAUACAUGAACCGCGCACACGUGCAGUCGCAAAUCCAUGCCCUCUACGCCCUCGAGGCACAGAAUCGCGCGCGUCUAGAGAACUCUGCGCUAGAACACUCUGAGGCGAUUAUGAGGUAACCCCCCCCCUUCUGGACCCCGGCAUCUAAUUGAUGCCCACCACGUGCCGAAAACUGACAGCGGGAUAGGCAACACAUGCAACGCCAG